AGUUGAAAACUUAUCAAAAUAUGCAUAUGAAAUGUAUAGCUGAUAGUUAUAAAAGUAAACUUCGAAAAAAAAAAUUAAUUCCAAUUGAUAUGUAGUAUCGAGGGAGAAAAUAUUAAUGCUGUUGAAUUCUAUUCCUUGAGAAUCACCAUAGAGAUAUAAGAUAUCUGUUUGCCUGCAAGUCUUGGCCAUACAAUGUCCACUAGAGACAGUUCCUAAUUGUCUUCAUGUCCACAUUUUCGAACGCGUUUACAGCUUGGAUUAAAAUAGAGAUUAUUUAUUUAGUUUCUUAUUUGAAAAUGUAGAUACAUAUUAAGUUUUAAAACUAUCGUCAAGAUGCAUAGAUGUAUUAAAAAAUUUUGUUUCGAAAAUAUAUACAUAUUUUUAGGUAUCACAAUCGGAUUAUAUUUUUCAACUGUAAUUUCCAAUACAGAUGAAACAAAAUGUACCUUAGCACAGUUACCAAUGAGAAAUGAAACAGCACAAGAAAUAAUAAAUUCAUCUGUAAAUAAAUUGUCGGUAAAGCAAGUCAAGAAAACCAGCCCUAAUCCAAAUAAACCAAAAUUAGUACGUCCUAGGUACUACUCAACAGAACUAGGCAUCAAAGAAAAAUUAUUCGUCGGAAUAUUUACAUCUGAAGAGAAAAUAAAUACUCAGGCUCUACAUAUUAACAAAACCAUUGGCCAUUUAGUUGAUAGAAUCAAGUUUUUCAUAACAGCUCAGUACAAACUCAAGACUAAAUAUAAUUUAACUGGUUUAGUUGGAUUCACUGACGCUAGAUAUAAGUAUAGACCAUUUCAAGUUAUUAAGUAUGUAGCUGAUACAUAUGGACAAAGCUACGAUUAUUAUUUUUUUGCAAAUGAUGUUACAUACAUAAAUGCUCAUAAAUUGAAGGAUAUUGUGAAGAAAAUAAGCGUCAGUAUGGAUGUUUAUAUGGGCUCGACUGUUGAAGAUGGCAGUUACUGCAAUUUAAAUUCAGGUAUAAUUUUAAGCAAUUCUGUCUUGAAAGCUAUGAGAAAUCAUCUAGAUUGGUGUAUAAUGAAUGCCGUUUCUGAAGAUCCGAGUGAAAAUAUAGGUAGAUGUGCCUUUCACAGUUAUGGAAUAUCUUGCCAAGAAAAUAUUCAUAUGGAACAGUGGUCUACCUAUAGGAUAAAACAUUUCGAAUUAAUUCCACAUUUGAAGGAACUAUCUGAAAAGAAUGAUUUCAAUAAUGCUGUUACAGUUUAUCCUAUAUUACAGAAAAAUGAUUUUUAUUCAUUGAAUGCUUAUUUUUUGAAGCAAAGAUUAUCAACAAUUACUCAAGAAAUUAGUAAAAAUAUAAUAGAAGAUAAUUGGCCACCAGGACAAAGACCGGGGGCUAAACCAGCUACCCGUUUCGAUUUACCAAGACAGUAUUAUUUCAAUAGAUCUCAUAUAUUUUUUCCAGACGAUUUUUCAGUCAUGAAAGAACAUACGGCAGCAGAAUUAAUGGACAUUGAGAAUAUAAUUGAAGAAGUUAAAUUAAAAGCAAAAAGUAUUUAUGGAGACGAUUUAAAAUAUGUUGAUCUGGUUAAUGGAUAUAAAGUUUUCGAUUUAAGUAAAGGGAUGGAUUAUAUUAUUGAUGCAAAAUUUGAAAAUACCAAUAAUCAAAAGGAAAUUGUGAAACGAUUCGAAAUCUGCAAACCCAUCAAUAAUGUAGAAUUAAUAUCAGUUCCAUAUGUUACUGAAAAUUCAAGAGUAAAUAUAAUACUUCCAAUCGAAGAUAACCAAAUACAUCUCGCAAUGGAAUUUUUAUCGAUGUACGCCUCAACUAUAAUGGACAGAAAAGAAAAGACAUUCCUUAUGCUUGUUUUAUUGUAUCAAUACAAUGAUGAAAGCAAAGGAGACGCCGAUAAAUAUGUGGAUAUAAAAAAAUUUGUAACCACCCAUUCGGUAAAAUACAAAAACGAUGAUGUUAAAAUUGCUUGGUUAUCUAUACGGUUACCUGAGGUAUCCACACCUUUAUAUAUUGAAGAAAACAAAGCACUUAUGUUCGCCACUGUAGAUUUAGCUCUAAAAAAAAUUGGUCUGGAAAGUCUGACAUUAAUUCUGGACGUUUACUGUAAUAUUUCGAUAGACUUUUUGAAUAGGGUUCGAAUGAAUACAAUUCAAGGCUUCCAAAUCUUUAGUCCAAUACCUUUUCGACAAUAUAAUUCAAAAGUAUCUCAAACUAUUGCACUGGAUGUUAACAAAAAUACUGGACAUUUCGAUAAAGAAGAGUACAAAUAUAUAUCUUUUUAUGGAAAAGAUUACGUUAUUGCUAGAAAGAAGCACCAGCAUCUGAUACCUUUGAUACGUAUCGAUAACGAUAUAUCUAAAAUUAUUGAUGAGGAUCAUAGAAAUAUAGGAAAUCUUCUAGAAAUGUUCGUGAAGUUUCAUAAUAAGCUUCAUUGUAUGAGGGCGACUGAAAUGAAUUUAAAAAUAAAAUAUCGCGAAGAAACUGACUUGGCGAGGAAAAAUUUAUUUUUAGGAAAUGGAGUGCAGCUAGCAAAGUUUCUUUUGCAAAAAAAUAUCCCUGAGCUUAUGUAACACAAUUUUUUUUAUUAUUUAAUGUUGGCGGUAUGUACAUUAUUAAAAAAGACGUUUACAAAUUUUGAAUUUGUUUUUUUUAAUUGAGAAUAAAUUUGCUUUUAUGUGUA